AUGCCCCCGCAAGCACGGAAGAGAAGAGCAUCUGCUACGGAGAGCAACGGUACCGAAGAUGCACCUCCCAGGAAGACAACCAGGGCUCCCAGAAAACCAGGUGCGAGGGGAACAAACCAACGCAGGGGCAAGAAUUUUAUGCGCGCAACGAACGCUUCUUCCAACAAGAGGCGAAAGGUUUUCUCUGGUGAAGCCAAGAGCCGGAUCAAGAAACACUGUUCCGACUUUGUGAAGUUCAUCGAUAAGGAGACUCAUACACUGGUUCCUCGAAUUGGCAUCGAAAUAUUGAAGAAAGAUAUCUCUCCAGAUCUUGCAGGCGUUCUUCCCUGGACGAGUUCUUCCUCGGCUCUGCAGAGACAGAGCAUCCAACCUUACCCAAAGAUGAUUCUCAAAGCACUCGACAAUUUACAGAGUGAUGUUAGGAACUACGAAGGUCUAGUCAAACAAGACAACAAGAUCCGAGCACCGAACUGGAUGCGCUGGCAACAAGAUAUCAAUGACCUGGAGGAUGUGAGCAAGCACAGUCUUGCGAUAGCUUCGAAGAUGAUCCAUCAUUUCAUUAUGCCUGAUUCACACGAACUUCCUCCCAAACCAUCUGAGGGCGCCGGCGGGGUUGAACAUGUAGCAUGGGACCUGAUUGAGGAGGCUCUAACAAAGAUGCCUGAUGAUAUAUGGGGAAAGAUUGCGCAGGCUCAUCUGAAGGCGUUUACUGGGGUGUUGAAAGUGCUAUCAACUGAAAACUGA